AUGCUCAAGGGGCAGAAGAAGAACCUCACAGACAGUGAGUGCAACAGCAUGGUUCAACAUCUGCUGUUGCGGUGCACCAAAGCCGUGGGAGCGGCGGACGAAGUAGCUCAGUUCAAGACCAUCUGUCGCAACGUCAGCCAGCGCAAGAAGAGCACAUGUGGACGAAAGCGCCUACACCAGGACCUUCCCUACCGCAUCCAAGCCAUACCGCAGUCACGGCGCUACUGUUUUCGCUCGUUAGCCCAUGCCCUGGACAUGCCAAAGUCGACCCUGCACGACUACUUCAAGCGAGGCGUCUUUGCAAAGUACUCUAGUGUCCUGAAGCCUGCACUAACGGAGUCCAACAAGGUGUGCCGCCUGAAGUGCGCACUCGACCAUGUUUGUGACCGCGACGGCGCCAAGUUCUUUGACGACAUGUACGACACCGUCCACGUAGAUGAAAAGUGGUUCUUCAUGACUCGGCUCCAGAAGAAGGUCUACGGAGCCAUUGGUGAGAAGAUCACGCAGCGGUCUUGCAAGUCCAAGCAUCACCUUCUCAAGUGGUUUGACGGCAAGUUGGGGACGUGGCACUUUACCGAAAUCGUUCAAGCCCAACGCCGGAGCAGUCGGCGUGACGCUGGGACACCGGUCAUGAAGACUGUAUCUGUAACUCGUGAGACGUACAAGACAAUGCUGGUGGACAAAGUCAUACCUGCAACCGGCGCCAAGUGGCCUCGCGGCGAGACCAAGGCAGUCAAGAUCCAACAAGACAAUGCCCAGCCCCACGUUCGUCCAAACCUCAAUGACCUGGACCUCGGAUUUUUCCGCGCCAUUCAGGCCCUCCAGGCCGAAACGCACUCGAGUAGUCUUGAGGAGAUUGUGGCUGCCACCGAUGCUGCCUGGGAUGUGGUCAGUACCAAGACACUCAACAAGAACUUUCUCACCCUGCAGAGAUGCCUCCAAGAGGUCAUUCUCAAUAAGGAGAGCAUGGAAAUGAGUGCAUUCUGCACGCAGAAAGAGGCGCUAAACAUUGUCGACGAUACAGACGCUGACGAUAACCUCGCCGCGGCUUUUGGUCUUGUAGAGUUAACGGACGAAUAA